CCACAGUGUCGUUCGUAGGGAGAGUACGCGUCGCUCCCCGUCCGCGGUACGUGAUACUUUUACGUGGUGGUUCAAAACCGGUUGGGAAAGUGCUUGAGGUGUGGCGUGGGCGAACAGAGCAGUGCCGCGUUCAACCAUAAAAUACUCUUGUUACAGUUCCAAAACUACACUUUUUGUGUUUGAAAAUUAACUUUUACAGUGUUUUGAGUGUAAUCGGAUCCCUGCGCUAUCAAUCGAGAGUGAAGGAGACAACAAUACUUUCGCUGCAAGUGUAAGCAAGACAAAAGUUCUGGAUCAAACCGGUUAAGUGUCCGUUUAACGAACGCAUCGCCUAGUAUGCUGGUUCGAAUUUCGAAUGCCAUAAGUGUUUUGUGAUUGGUUGAUUUGAAAAAAAGUGAUUUUCAAGAUGGCUGCUAUUCCCGCGCUUUUUGGAUUACUCUUGGCUGUUGUUGUGUCAGGUCAAGAUGUGGACAUCACCCCUCGUGAAGCAGUACGAAGGAUCGGAGACCAGCUCAGUGUCCUCUGCAAAGUGCCAUACCCCAUUGACUCCUGCAGAAUGACAGUGGGCACCACCUCCUAUCGGCUGAUACCUGAGAACCUGCAGGGAGACGUGGUCUACACAGGCCAGGGACUUAAGGCUGGCCAAUGUGGAGCUCUAAUAAAGAACAUCAAGGAGGAGUGGAAUGGAAACAUCACCUGCGUACUCCCGCCCCCCUCAGGGAACAUCGAGCUGGUCGGAUCCAUGAGGCUGCUGGUUGCAAGAGCCCCUGGUGAAAUCCAGCUGAACUCCUCACCUCAGCCACCUUUCAAGGAAGGAGAUACGUUCAUGGCGCAGUGCGUGGUGCCCAAUGGAAGACCAGCUGCCAAGAUCACCUGGUUCUUGGGAUCGGAAGAACUCCUCCACGGCACCCACCAGCCAGUCAUAACAUCAGAACCAGGGUCUGACUUGAAGACCAUCAGUCAGAAUGUCACCAGAACCCUAACUGAUCAGGACGAUGCCAAGUUUUUGGUCUGCAGAGCUGAACACGAGGCCUUGGAGAAACCCAAGGAGUUUAGGAUUCAACUGAAUGUGAACUACCCUCCCAAACGCCAGGAGACAGGCACCGUCACAAUCUUUGGCCUCAAGCUAGGAGCUGAAGGUAAGCUGAACGUGACUGUGAAGGCCAACCCCCCACCAUCGGCCGAGUGGAGCAUCGGAGACCAGGUCCUUCAGGCCCCCAGGCAGACUGAAAACGGAGAGAUCAUUGCACAGGCCCCAUUGUUUUUGGGUAAUGGAUACUUCAACAUUACUCUGAUACUGGCUCGUAUCACAAAAGAAGAUGUCGACAGAACUUACUUCCUCCGAGUGGCUAACGACUUCGGAAGGGAGGAGAUCGCAGUGAGGAUCAGCACGAUGGAUGAACCAGCUGGCGUGGAGUUAGACACUGGAGCUAUCGUCGGAAUAGUGGUAGCUGUACUGAUUCUUCUUAUAGCUAUCUUCUUGGCUGUGUUUGCGUUCGCCACCGACAGAUGGUGCUUUGCCGGAAGGAGCCGAGACCACACAAAAAACUCAGGCGAAUCGACGCCGGCCGGGGAUGUGCUUUUAGAGUCUGGCAACCCGCUUCCUAGAACUAGUGACACUGAGAGUGCCGUUGGAGGGCGGGAGAGGUCGCGGCUUGCUGGUCUGAGUGCUCGAGUGAGGGCAGUCCUGCCGAGGGCCAAGGAUAAGGUGCAAGCUACUGAGGCACAGACUGUGGACACUGAGGAUAAGCCUCUCUCAGAUGACAAGAAAGGUGUAGUGUACGCAGAAUUGGCGCUUGGAGAACAAACCUCAACGGAAAAACCUCCUCCUCCCUCCACGGAGUACGCAGAAAUCGUGUACACAGACCAACCUAAAGAUAACAAAGAAACUAAUUAGAUUUUAACAUUAAAACCAACCAUUUUUAAUUUAAAGGUUAAAACAACCAACUGCUAAGAAAAAAACCAACUAAAAUUAUUAUUUUUAUUAUGUAUAAUAACUGGUUACGUUAACCAGUAAUGUGUGGUUUACGUUUAUUAUAACCAAAAGCUUUGGUUUUUCAAUAAACAAUUGACUUAUGAUUUAUUAAGAUUUCACAAAACUGGGUUUUAUGUACCUAAGCCUAUAUUUUAAAUGUUUUUU